AUGAUACGCAGAGCAUACGAAGUUGUGGAUCUCGAUGUAUCAGAUACUGGGUACGUCGAGUGCCACGGAACUGGUACACCGAUGGGUGACCCUAUCGAAACCAAGGCCGUGGCCCGCGUUUUUGGUGAAGCAGGUGUAAUCAUUGGAUCUACCAAACCCAACUUUGGCCACACAAAGGGAGUCUCCAGUAUUCUCACAGUCCUCAAAGACUGCAAACUUGCGCUUGCAGAAGAGCCCCUAUUCUGGCCCGAAGGCCGCCUGGAGCGAGUCAGUUUGAACUCAUUCGGUUUGGGAGGAACCAAUGCCCACGCCAUCAUCGACUCUGCAGCGAGCUACAAAGCUCCUGCUGGACCCCGGAUUGAGGAGGCUGCCCAAAUUCUCCUCUAUUCCGCGAGCACCCAACAGUCGCUCACGACUCCCAUUGGAAAUUACAAGACCUUCAUUGGAGAGACUGCGCUGAAUGUCGAGGACGUCGCAUACACGCUUACUCGUGGCAGGGAGCAUCUGCCUUAUCAUGCAUUCGCCAUCGCCAAUGGUUCUUCAGUUGGAGCUGCUUCUCCGAUCACCAAACCUGGCCAGCAGAAACCCAAGAUUGCCAUGGUAUUGACCGGCCAGGGCGCUCAAUGGCAUCAGAUGGGUGGCGACCUACUGAAGUCCAACCCGACCUUCCGAUCUAGCAUUCGCUUGAAUACCCUCCAUUGA